AGCAAAAUUUAAAUAUUAUAUAUAUAAAUUAAAAAAAUGGAUAACACUAUCUAGGAGAUGAUGGAGGAUAAAUCCAUGAGUUUUAAGUUCUUGUUGGCAGUGCAAUAACACAAGUACGAAGAAGCCUAUUCGAUUGGCAAAGAAAGUAAAUGCAUUUGUCACUGUAGUUCUGAAGAUCAAUCCAUCUGAUAGGAGCGUGAAUCGGUUUAUGUUAUUUUUACAAUCAAAUAUGGGAUAUCGUAAGACAUACACAUAAAUUUUAUGUCGAUGGAUUGUUUGAUUUUGAGGAGGAAGAGGAUGAUGAAGAGGAAUUUGAAUGUGACGACGAAGAAGCUGAAGAAGAUGAACUUGAGAAUGGAGAGGAAGAAGCAGAAGAAGAGGAAGAAUAUGAAGAAUAUGAGGAAGGCGAUCAGAUAGAGCAAGAGGAAGACUCAGAGUACGAAUGGGUUUAUGAGGAUGAGGAAGUGCCUGAGGGAUUUGAUGAGGGAGACAAUACAGAUGAGGACAAGAACUUUGUUUAAGAAGACACUAAUGAAGGUGAUAUCAGUUUAAGCAUGGACAAAAAGAUUUUUGAGAAAAAACAAAUACAAUAAUAAUAAUAAUAAUAAUAAUAAUAGUAAUAACCAAUAUUGUAGAGCACAAAAAGAGUUGUCUAAUAAGUUAAACCUAAAUCAUCCAUUUCCAAUGGAGUACCCACUUUACCAAAAGUAAUAUCCAUACUCAUUCUUAGAUCCAAAGUAAAUAAAGACCAACUUCCUAAUCUAAGUAACAAAUUCAAAAGCCUCAGCCUUUACAAUAAAAUUUAGUUAAACAAGCAGCAGUGAAUUGUACAACAUUCUUAUUAUCCCAAUAGAACUUCGUUUCCCAAGCAGUUUGGCAAAGAAAAAGUGAAAUGAUUGUUGAGAAUUAUUAUGG